UGGCGCGACGGAAGUGAUUGCCACUAUCGUCUGAGACCCCGGAAGUAGCUGUUGUAGACAAUUCCCGCAGACUGACUGCAACUUGCGAUGGGUUGCGACGGUGGAACUAUUCCUAAGAGGCACGAACUGGUGAAGGGGCCAAAGAAGGUUGAGAAGGUUGACAAAAAUGCUGAAUUAGUCGCCCAGUGGAAUUAUUGUACUCUAAGUCAAGAAAUAUUAAGGCGACCAAUAGUUGCCUGUGAAUUGGGAAGACUUUAUAACAAAGAUGCUGUCAUUGAAUUUCUUCUGGAUAAAUCCUCUGAAAAGGCUCUUGGAAAAGCAGCAUCUCACAUUAAAAGCAUUAAGAAUGUGACAGAACUGAGGCUUUCUGAUAAUCCUGCCUGGGAAGGGGAUAAAGGAAACACAAAAGGUGACAAGCAUGAUGACCUUCAGCGAGCACGUUUUAUCUGCCCAGUUGUGGGCCUGGAGAUGAAUGGCCGACACAGGUUUUGCUUCCUCCGGUGCUGUGGUUGCGUGUUUUCUGAACGAGCCUUGAAAGAGAUAAAAGCGGAAGUUUGUCACACAUGUGGGACUGCCUUCCAGGAGGAUGAUGUCAUUGUACUCAAUGGUACCAAGGAGGAUGUGGAAAUACUGAAGAAAAGAAUGGAGGAGAGGAGGCUGAGAGUGAAGCUGGGAAAGAAAGCAAAGAAACCCAAGGCAGCAGAGUCUGUCUCUAAACCUGACAUCAGUGAAGAGUUCCCAGGGCCAUCAAAACUUGGAGUAGGAAAACCUGAAGAAACUAGCCUUGAAUCUAGAGAGAAGAAAAUCAGCUCGACUUCCAAAAAUGCAGCAACAAAUGGGAGCUCCUCUGGGAAAGCUGGGAAGCCUCCAUGUGGAGCUGCCAAGAGGUCCAUUGCUGACAGUGAAGAAUCUGAAGCCUACAAGUCCCUUUUCACAACCCACAGCUCUGCCAAGCGCUCCAAGGAGGAGUCAGCCCACUGGGUCACACAUACCUCCUACUGCUUCUGAAGCCCACACUGCACCCCUUCUGCAGCUGAUGGAGUGUGUGCCUCUUGCCAUCCCUUGCAGCCUGUGUAGAGCUCCCUCUGCUCUGUCUUUUCAAGUUAUCCUCCCAGACCUCAGAGCCAGUGUGGUCACUCUUGCUCUGAGGUGCAUGGACUGUGGAGGGAGUGUGAUAAGUGAGUGACUAAGUGCUAGGCCCCUUCCUCCCCCACAGGCUUGCUCAUUUCCUGCUGCGGGUGCACUUGGAUGGGAAAUGCUUUUUAUGCUUCAAAUUAUUAAAGAUUCCAGAUUCCUGA